AUGGCAGCGCCUCCCAGAAGCUGGCAAGAAAGCUCGUGCGAGUCGAAUUCUGUUACAAUCGGCGGCGAUAUUCACCGCCAAUUCUGGGAUCUAAUCGAGCUGCUUCGCAAAGGGGGUUCGGUCCCAGAAACAAGCUAUGGCAACCUUGCCGGUCGCGGGAACUACAGCGUGGAGACAGUUCUGGUCUUCCAAAUCUCCAUCACAGUCUCAGCAUCCUUGCUCAAGGACGUGACUUGCCACGAUGGAACAGAGUUUGCUCGCAGACUCAGCCUUUCAUUCAAGAUAUCGAAGAGGCUCUUGAGUGGUGUAGAACCUCAUUCAUACUCAAGCCCUCAUGGACGACCCAAGUCAUAA